AUAGAGUAUCAGUCUUUCAUAAUAUAAAGCAAUGCUUCAUGGAAAAUAAGUUAUAAUACGUUUACUAUUUAUGUUAUUUCCUUUUCUACUCAUUCACAGUUGGUUUUUUAUGCUGGCUUUGUGUCAUUUCAGAAGUCACCUCAAGAUGCAUACACAUGUUCUAAUGGCCCGCUUUCCAAAAAGAUGAAACUGAAGAGAAGGGAAUCUAACAAUGGAGAUUCUUACCCUCAAAGUUGUUGCCACGUUUUGCCAGUAAGAAGGCAGGAAAAUGAUUUCAUUAGCAGCAUUGUGGGAACAUAUUUCCGCUCCAGUGGGUUCUGUGAGCAGGAUCUAGGGGUGAUCCACCUGGAGCUUAAAGACACACAGGAGGAGCAGGAGGAAGUGGAGUGGGAGCGGAAGUGGCUGCUGCGUUCAAACCAGAGCAGCCCCGCUCCCUCCGACAUUACCGCUGAUUCCUAUCAUUCGUGUCUAUGCCCGGAUGAUACACCAGAGGGCACCUGCUCCGGGCCCUGCUCUCCCGGCCAUGGGGCCCACAGCACCAAUAGUCUCUCCCCAUCUGCCGACUCUCCCACAGCGGUGUCUGCAGCCCAGCCGGCCCAAGCUACAGGUGCACCAGUUAGCGCUGGCUCGGAUAUGCUACAACGAAGCUUAUCUGAUGACCCUGAAUCUUGGUCCGUGGAAGAAGUGAUCCUGUUCCUGAAACAAAAAGAUCCUCAGAUAUCAGGCCUCCUCGCUGACAGCUUCAGGGAACAUGAAAUUGAUGGGCAGGCUCUGCUACUACUCAAAAGUGAGGUCAUGAUGAAGUAUAUGGGGCUGAAGCUUGGGCCAACAUUAAAGAUAUGUUACUACAUUGAGAAACUUAAAGAAGGAAAAUAAAAUUGAAAAAAAACGUAUAACCUUAGAUUGGACAUAAUUCUUAGUUGUCCUGAUAACUUUAAGUAUCUUAAUUCUCUUAGUUUUUUCGCAGACAGUUCCUCUAAAAAUAUAUUACACCCAGAACUGCAGAACUACAUCACAGUCCAGGCUACUUUAGAAACCAUUUAACAUGUUAGUAAUAGCAUAUCCAAAUUGGCAGUUCUUUAUGUCUUUUUAUUAUAUUACAUUCUAUUGUUUUAUUAUACAGUUUUCAAGAGUACUUUGUGCUGGAAACAGAAACACCUUUGAUUUUGGUUAAUAUUUAUAUGUAGAAAAAAAACAGCUAAAUCACAAAGGGGAGAGUAUCAGGGACUGACAACUUCUCAAAUGAAAUUCAGGAUAAGUUUUCUUUAGAAGAGAAUUUAAAGAUACAGCUGUAGCAUCUCUUUCUCAAAUAUUUUCUGUCUCUUACAGCAAUGCUCUCUUUGUGUUUUACCAGUUUCCACAAAGGGAAUAGGCAUAUAAAUUAUUUUCCUUUUGUUAUUAUUUUUCUGUAUGUUGUAUUUGUUCAUAUUUAAAGAAAAACAAGCUUACUAAUUUUCAUAAAGUGUUCUUAGUUUUUGAUGAACCUUGAACAAUUAUAGGAUAGAAUGGUUGUUUUAUGCAGGAGAUAUUAUACUACAAGUAUGGUUUGGAGUCUGAUUAAAUUUUUUUCAGUGAAAUACCUGUAUCUGAAAACUUUAGAUUAGACAUUUAACCAGACAUUCAGUUGUGACAUCUCUAUAUGAAGAGACCUAAGCCCAAAUUUUAAAAAGAUAAAUAUUUUAUUGUCUGUGUUUAUUCCUCAUAUGGAUGCUUUACCAUAAUUAUAUAUUAUUCUAUACCUGUAGGUAUACAAGCAAGUAAAUCUGUCUUUUUGAGUUUAAUAUUUUACUUUGCACUGCUACAGAGAUAAUGAUUAUUUAUAUAGGUAGAUGUUUUUAUUCUGUAAAAAAUAGGUGCACCAUUUGCUAUCAUUAGUUCCUCUCAGCUUAGUCUUCAGGGGAUAAGAAACAAUCCAUAGAUUGGUUUCCAUACAGGGAAGUUCUCUGUCCUAUGCAAUGUUUCUACUUAAUAUGCUUCAUUCUGAGCCAUUUAUUCUGAUACAUUUUGAAGAUGUAUUAAUUCUAACAUCACUUUAGGCUUUAUUUUCAAAAAGAAACUUUAAAGUUUUAGAACUUUAAAGGGGAAAAGGUGCUAUAUGUUUAUUAUUAUUACUUUGUGUAACUAUGCUGUAAUGUUUAUAAGCUACGAAAAUCUGUGCUAAAAAUAUUAGCCAUUUGUUGUAAAUGCCAACAAAACAUACACCAGGGGCAAGAAUGUAUAUUUUCUUUUUCUAGAAAACCAAAUAUACUUUAUACAUGAAUGCAAUUAUUUAAAGUGUUCUUGUGAUGUUAUUCUUUUUGUGUUAGAAGACAAAAUUCUAAUUUAAACUUGGUCUUUUUUUCAAACUGUAUGAAGAUGCUGUGCCCAGUUGAACAAGCCUCAGGUGUUUGUAUGGAUAAUAUGUUUUAAAAUUCUCAGAUUUUUAAGUACAAUAAAGUUGAAUAA